GAAGGGUCCAGGGGAAAAAGGGGGAAUGUCAAAAAAUAUUUUUUUUUUUAUUUUUGUAUUUUUGGAAACCUGUCAUUAAUCUCGUUUUGUAUAUUUGGUUUCCAUGGAAAGAACGGGAAUAGUCAGCAAGAUAUUGACGUUUGAAAAUACGCAGUCCACGGAAAAAAGGGGGACUGUCAUUGUGAAACACGGGAAAAAGGGGGAAUGUCAGUUGGCAGCACUGUCUUUAUAUUAUUCUGCUUCACUCAGCUGCAGUCAGUGAAGUUGUAGCUGUGCACUGUUGAUUGUUGAGGCUAUGUUUAUGUUUUGUGAUAAUUUGUAGUUUAAGAUGUUGUGUGUGUGUUACUAAUUAAUUAGUGAGUUAUGGAAUCUGAAGGUGAAGGUAACAGCUCGAAAUCAUCUAAUACCUCAAAGAAACGAAAGGUAACUGGUCGUUUAAGUGAUGUUAAGAAAAAGCUACUAGCAUCCACACAUGAAAUAGGGCCUGAUUGUUACUGUUUGAGGUUAAAAUGCUUUCAAAUGAUUGUACCUGCAGAACGUGCUACUAUUAUAUCCAAUUUCAACCAAAUGAACGUAAAUGAACAGAAUUCCUACUUAACCGGUUUGGUUAUUGUUAACACAGUUUCACAAAGGAGAUCUAGGCAACCAGAAGAGAAUGCUAAAUUUCAUGACAACUCAUAUUCAUAUCGUGUUCGAGUUCAUAGGGAGGAAUCUGUGGUAGAAAUUCCUGUUUGUGUAAAAGCUUUUCGGUCGCUUCAUGGAAUCACAAAAAAAAGGUUGAAGUAAUACAGAACUAUUUAAAAAAAGGAGGAACUCCUAAGGAUGGUCGAGGCCAACACUUAAAUCGUAAACACCGCUUGUCAGAAGAGGCAAUUGAGGCGAUUUACAAGCAUAUUGGUUCGUUUAAAGGUGAACGAAGUCACUACAGUGCGAAUUCUUCUAACCGUAUCUAUCUUCCAGCAGACUUAAAUAUAAAAAAGAUGUUUGAAUUGUUUAAGAUAGCGUACCCAGGCCAAAAAGUAUCAUACGAGAAAUAUAGAACCGUUUUCAAUUCAGAAUUCAACAUCAGUUUUGGCUAUCCAAGAAUGGAUACUUGUAGUUCAUGUGACAAACUCGCUGCUGAGAUUCUAGCUAUAGAACAUGUUGUUAAAUCCUGUCCUGAAAAUACUACAGCAAGGGUAAAAUCAGAAAAGAAAUUGAAAGAGCUCACAUCAGAAAAAAAACUACACUUGUUAAAAGCCAAUAUGUUUUACAUUCGCAAACGUGCCUCUAAACAAAGAAGUCAACAAUCAAAAGAGGUUGAAACUAUUGCAAUGGACUUCCAAAAGAAUUUGCCAGUACCACAUAUAACAACUAACGAUGUGUACUACAAGCGACAAUUAACACUUUGUAUGUUCAAUAUACAUAUAUUGUCCACAGACGAAUCAUUUUUCUUUGUUUACGAUGAAACAGUGGCGUACAAGGGUGCCAAUGAGGUGGCUUCUUUCUUGCUUUACUUUGUGAUGACAAUUCUUGACCCCUCUGUCAAAGAACUGGACAUUUUUUGUGAUUCUUGCGGGGGUCAAAACAAGAAUUGGACCCUUUUUCGCACUAUCCACUACAUUGUCCAUCACACUAAGAGACUAGACAAAAUUCAGAUGAAUUUUCCAAUUCGUGGUCACUCGUAUUUAGAGUGUGACCGUAAUAUGGCUAGCAUCAAUCAAAAGAAGUGGAUUGAAACGCCUAAAGAUUGGAUUGAUGAAAUUAAAGGUGCUAGAGUCAAACCCUCACCAUUCCAUGUAAUCCAAGUUGAGAGGGAGUUUGUACGGAACUGGUCUUCACACUUAGAUCAAUUUUAUUUUUCAAAGUGCCCAUUUCCUUCAAGGCCGAUAAGAGAGUUAGUAGCUCUUAAAGAACAUCCCCGUUUCCUGAAGCACCGAGCAACAUUCCAUGGACAUUGGGAGGCCCAUGUCAUUAACCAACCAGGUUCACUACCACAAGACCAACCCUUGCCUGAAGGAGAGUUUUUUCUACCCGACUAUGCCUAUGAGGGGGCUCUUCCUAUUACCCAUGAAAAGUACACAGAUCUACAAGUUUUAAAGAUGUUCUGUGGUGUAGAAGCCAGACAUUUUUAUACCCUUCUUCCAAAACUUGAGAAAGGAGAGAAAAGGAACAAAAGAAAUGCCAUUGACAAAGAAGUUUUUCCUAAGUCUAAAAAGACAAAUAAUAAUAAUAAUAAUAGGCCUACUCAGAGUGGAAAAAAGGACUAAUAAAAAUGACCUAUUUGAUAAUUGUUUGAUUUCAAACAUGUUUUAUUUUUCUCAAGGUAAUAUGUACCGAUUUUACUUUUUUACCAAUAAAGGCCUUUUUUUAACUUAAAUGUGUAUUUUUUCUUAUUUGGAACCAUAUUUAAGAAGACAAUUUUAAAUAUAUACGUUUUAUGCCAUUUAAUUUAGUACUGGUUUCUAGAAUUAGUUAACCUUGGUGAC